UCUGGUGGCGUCCGCUGGAGAGCGCGCAUGUAACCCCCGCGCCCGCCCCGAGGCUCUCCCACACAUUCUCUGGGUGGUCCUGAAUGCCUCCUAGUGGCACCAGGAAAGCCGGCGUAAAAAAUGGAAAACAAAGAAGACACCUGUUGGCGCUUAGGCACCGACCACCGUACGCGUGUUAGCUGUGCGGGGACUCUGGGAUAGGAAGGGCAUCCAUCCGCUCCUGUCUUUUUGUCCCCCUGGUUUGAUGAAAGCGCUGCUGACCUCUAGCUCUGAUCCGUGGUCGAAGGGAGCAUCUUCGAAAUGGCUUGAAGGAGAUAAGUGGACACACAGUGUGACCACCAUUUGUGCCUCCGUACAUGUUGGUGCGGGGUAAGAGUGGGGAGAAGAUAAUUUUCACAGGCUUCUUAAGACAUGUGUGGAAUGGAGACAUAAGUGAUUUGAGAGCACAAACCCCGCCGCUGUUGGUUACUCUGGAGCUGACACAGCAACCUCGAGUUUGUACUCAAAUGGCAAUGCUGGGCAGGCUCAUCAGGGAGGCAGCCCUUUUUCACACAGUGGGAAUUCUGAGCAAAAGUGCCUAGAAGAGGACUGCCGAGCCACCUCCUUACCCAUUCAGGACUGAGUGGGAGAGACAGUGGGUGGCAAAGAAGGUGACUGCAGACCAGCCAGAGAUAGCCCUUGGCACUGAAGGAGAAAUAGCACUAGAAACACACCGAAGGGCAACAGGCUUUGUUGCAGGAUAAGAGAGAUUGCCAAAGGCAGAACUUCGGAAAAGCCAGUCAGACACGUCAGUGAAGGUGAACGUGAACAAGUUGUUCUGAGACAUUGUAGCAGUGAAUGCAGCUUUGUUGAGCUUGACCAUGCUUCAGAGAUGAGAAGAAGAACGUGAGACCCUCUAGGGCAACCACCAUGGGUCCCACACAGCUUGCUGCACAGAAUCAUGGGAAGAAGUCAAGUGUAUUUGAGAUGGAGGAGAAAGGGUUUGCACUUUUUCAUGGUGCAGACAUCCCCCCUGAGCACACAGAAAAUCCUCCUUUGAAACGGAAGAAGGGGCCGGCCCCCAAGAUGCUUGGAAAUGAGGUGUGCAGCGUGUGUGGAGACAAGGCCUCUGGCUUCCACUACAAUGUACUGAGCUGUGAGGGCUGCAAGGGCUUUUUCCGCCGCAGUGUCAUCAAGGGUGCCCAGUAUGUCUGCAAGAAUGGUGGCAGGUGUGAGAUGGAUAUGUACAUGCGCCGAAAGUGCCAGGAGUGCCGGUUGCGCAAGUGCCAGGAGGCAGGCAUGCGAGAGCAAUGUGUUCUCUCUGAAGAGCAGAUCCAGCUGAAGAAACUUAAGAAGCAGGAAGAUGAUCAGGCCCGGAUGGUAGUUGUGCGCCAGAACCCAACGUCUCCUCCUAUCAUCCCUCCCAAAAUGACCCCUGAGCAGCUUGAUAUGAUAGAGAAGCUUGUGGCAGCUCAGCAGCAGUGCAAUCAACGUUCCUUCACAGAUAGGCUCAAAGUGACGCCAUGGCCUCAAAUUUCAGAUCCACUUCAUCGUGAAGCACGACAACAGCGCUUUGCUCAUUUCACGGAGCUCGCAAUAAUUUCUGUACAGGAGAUUGUGGACUUUGCUAAGCAGUUGCCAGGUUUCUUGGAUCUCACCAGAGAGGAUCAGAUCGCUCUUCUAAAGACAUCCACAAUAGAGGUGAUGCUGUUGGAGACAUCUCGGCGCUACAAUCCAGAAACAGAAAGCAUCACUUUUUUGAAGGAUUUAAGUUAUAAUCGAGAUGACUUUGCCAAAGCUGGUCUUCAAUUUGAGUUCAUUAAUCCCAUAUUUGAAUUUUCAAAGGGCAUGAAUGAAUUACAGCUCAACGGUGCUGAAUAUGCACUUUUGAUUGCUAUCAGCAUUUUUUCUGCAGACCGACCGAAUGUUCAGGAUCAGCCCCUGGUGGAAAGACUGCAACAUACCUACGUAGAGGCUCUUCAUUCUUACAUUUGUAUCCACAGACCAAAUGAUCAUCUAAUGUUCCCACGGAUGUUAAUGAAAUUGGUCAGUCUUCGAACUCUAAGUAGCGUCCAUUCUGAACAAGUGUUUGCUCUUCGACUACAGGACAAGAAGCUGCCACCCCUUCUUUCAGAGAUCUGGGAUGUCACUGAAUGACUUCACUGUCCCACAGCACUGACUUGCUGAAGUAACCCCAUCAUACACACCUUGUGCUAACAACAAGUUGUCCUCCACUCUCCAAAGUGCUGAAGCAGUGCCGAGGGUGAUGGGCCUUUGCUCCGAUGAGACAAUGCAGAAGGCAAAUGAGAUGGAUGAGAUGAUGUUUUAGUCUUUGAUUUCAUGUCUUCCAGAAAUGGGACAACUGAACACCUCAGUGUGGUAGAGAUGAAGAACCCACCCUAAUAAUGUGUCCAGUGACUUUUUCUUCUUCCAAGCACUUUUCUUGUUGUGUUUGGUCUGGCCCUUUUAAUUUUAAGGAUCCUUCACCCAGACCCACAAAGAGGCUUCUCAGGGGUUUCAGGGGCAAGGCCCAUUUGUGUUUCUAUUUUGAGGGACUUUGUGUGAGUUUCUGAAUGUACUUAAUACAUUCUACCAUUCACAAACAUUUAUAGAGAGCUAGAUGAACAUUUAUGGUGAUUUCUGUUCAUGAGGCUUCAUUUCUAGAGGAAUCUUUUCUUUCUGGGAAUGGGAGUCGUAAGUGCCACCAUUUGAUGAUUUGGGGGUGGGUUUUUUUGGGAAGGCGGCCUGUGGAUUGGAAGGCUAACUGUACUAUACAGAAAUAUCUUCAUGAUCUUUCCUAAUAUUUUUCACACCCACCCACCCAGUCUAACCAUCACUAUAAUAUACAAGGGCCACAUCUCAUAUACACCAUAGACAUGCUAGGGAGCCAUGUCCAGUCACCAUGUUCUCUGCCACGUGCACCCAUUUAUAAUGUGAAGGUGUGGAACAAGGUACACAGCUGAAUGUUAUGUUAUGAAUGUUAUGUAAUAUGAAUGUUAUGCAGCUGAAUGUUAGGAGUGAUUGCUCUGAAACAAAUCCCAUUGAGUUGAAUGGGGCUUACUCCCAACUAACUUGUGUCUAGGUCUGCAGUCUUAAUUUGUAACCUUUGAAGUGACUCUAAGAUUGUGUGUACACUUACGGAUUAGAACAUUUUCAGUGUAAAUCCAGUGAUGUGCAACCUACCUGUGGAGUCUGCGCUAAGCUGAGUGCUCACCUAUAGGCACUUGCACACAACAGCAGGUAUGGGAUUUACACAGUUGGGAGCAGUGCUGUCACAUGUCACAUUAUUUCUUUUCAAGCAAAUGCCAUAAGUUGCAUCCCCAUUCCUUUGGCUUCUGUAAAAGUGGGAGCAUAGCAAACAUGCCUGUAACCACAACCUUCUGUUGUAUCUCAUUCAGUUCAUUUUUUGGUAUGUUUGCAGGUUGUGGGGAGAUAAUUUGAAAAACCAAGGAAUGCAUUUAGUGUUUGGUUGGAUCAGAGGAACACUAGAAAAUGGAACUGCUUGUGUCUCAGCACUUUAUAGGGUUCAUUCAGGUGGCUGUCCUGUUUGUCUGUGCUCAGCAAGUAUUGGAGUACUGGAAAUGUUUGUGUGAAAAGCAAGUAGCUAAAUCCCCUGUGCAGUUAGCUCAAGGUGCCAGCUGUGUCGGUUGACAUGGUUUGCACUUUUGCCCUCUCAGUCAUAUGGACCUGGAAAGACUGGCAUGGGCUGAAGUUCUCUGCAUGCCUGGUCUAGAGAGAGAGGGAAUCCUUGAAUUUAAGAGUUAUUUUCACGAGUCCACAGUUGAUAUGUGUAUGUAUGGACAUACAAUUAAUGUUAGAGUGAUACUGUAAUCAUUGAGUAGACUGCAUACAUCUCAAAAGGUGGAACUAAACCCUAUGUACAAAUGUGUGUUUGGAUGGCUGUUUCUGUUAAACAGAAAAAAUGAGGCGGUGGUGAUUUGGAGCUCAGCAUUUGUGUGUGUGGGAUACUUAAACCUUUCUCAUCCCUCUUCUUAUCCACUGUACCUCCUCCUAAGUGCCUUUUGCCCUGUGGAGUUCCAGACACAUGGUUGCAAAGGUAAACUUGUGCCUAGAAUCCCAUGGUAUUAGGAGGGCAGAAGCAGCUGAGGUGUUGCAGGGGAAGAAUUAAGGACCCUCCUUCCACACUGAGUCUGUGUUUCCAAUUAUCUAUUCCCACAGUACCCUUUUCUCCCCUCUAAACUAAACCAAAAAAACCCAUUGUGUUUUUGUUAUUUGCAUUUGCAUGCAACAUUCAGUGCUGCCCUUGGUUAUCUUCACGGGGGAAUACAAUUCAGUUUGGGUAUGUAAUGCAAACUUGUGAAUGAUGUCUGUUAAGAGUAUUAAGGGUACCCAUCUAUUCUGAGCAUUCUUCUCUACCUUGAACAUGCCAAAUUGUCCCUCAAGAAAGGCCCUUUUGAUUUUAUACUCAUGAAUAGAUUAGUAUUUAUAGCUCAGUCCUAUUCAGAGUUAGGUGUAUUGAUGACCAUUGAGUUGGAUCCCAACUAGUACAUCUGUGAAUGGAAGAAGCUCCAUUUGGGAAAGAUUUGAUUUUUGCCAAUCCCCCCUUCCCUCUGUAGUCCCCUGAAAAACUGCUCCUCCAACCCUCAACAAGAUGUGGGGUUGGGGAGGUGUCUUAGGGACCUGCAGGGAAAGAGGGAUAGGUGAAAAUCCUCUUUGCAGAAAAGAAUUUCUUCCAUUCACUGAAGUACUAAUUGGGACGCAAUCCAUUAAUUUUAGUGUACUUAGAUGUGCCUGACUCUGAAUGGAAUUAGGCUGCUAGAAGAAUAAUUUGCUUGGGGGGGGGGACUUGAUCUUCAGUCCAGAAGAGGCAAAUUGUUUGGAGACAAGAAGUAAAUCUUUAAUACUCUAGUAUUAUAUGCUGCUUCCCUCUUUAUUGCACAUUAAGUUUCCUUGUCUUGCAAGCAUCUUGAGAGCCUGGGCCCAUGAACCAAUAUAAUUGUUGACUCUGUAACCAAGUGCCAUACCUAUGGUGUCGGCCUUGUGUCUGUUUUGCACUUGAGGUUGGGUCUCUUUCCACUGGCCUUCACUUUGUAAAGCACUUGUAACAAAAUAUAAAAUCUGUUUUUAUAACUCAUUGCAAUAUUCUUUCUGUUUAAUUCUGUAUUUUAAACUAAUUGAUUGCAAAAUGUUAAUGUUUAUGCAAAAGAAUAAAGCCUAAUACAGAAUUUUGAUUAUUUGAUGACACACCA